AUAACAUGAAACGACAAUGCUGCCUGAUAACUCUUUUGCUCAUUUUAACUGAGAAUGGUAAAAACAGCGCGUUUGCAUGUACAGGAAUGGGAACAAAUCAGACAUCUCACGAAGAGGUCACCGUGAAAGAGAACACACGAGCUGACCUCAGAUGUAAUUUGAGAACAGAAAACAGCGCAACCUCCAAGGAAUCGACCUUUGUAAUCGAGAUAAGGCUGUGUGACAAUGGGAAAUAUCAUGAUGUUUGCAGAUGCCGCUGGCUCCCUGACAAGGAUGUCGUGUGCAAGAAUCAGAGAAAUGUUUCCAUCUGCGAGGCUGACAACAAUGAGAUGAGGUUCUCUCUGUUUGUCAAACGAACCUACAGUGACAUCCUGUGGGAACUCUACAGACCAAAUUUGACUCCAGUGGUGAUUAAGAAAACCAGACUUCAAGUCAUGUACCCAGCAAAGGUCAUAGGGUUACAGGUGAAUGGACAAGAAGUUACCGAGACUCACGUCGUUGACGAGAAUCAAGAGGUUAUCGUCUCCUGUUUUUUCAUCAAUGGAAAUCCUCCGGUUACCAUUCGACUAGUAGACAGCACCGGACAAGCACAGAGUUCGACAACGCAUGGAGUGGAACCUUUGGUGAUUUUUCUUGGAGUGUUUCGCUGUCAGGAGGUCUGGCCUCUUAUCAAGUGUGAGGCUCCGGGUUCGGAACUGAACAGAUCUGUAGCCAUCAUUGGCAGAUGUCUCCCUCAGUUGUUUUACACUGAUAAUCACAUCAAUGAUUUGACAAGAGUUUCAGGCAAAGGUCUGACACUUGGAUUCAGAUCCUACACUGGUGUUAUCAGUAAAUGUAUCAUGACAAAAUUUUCCCUGAAGCCUAACACCAAGGAAGUGGACUGCGAUUUGAGCGGAAGUGCCCCAGAUUUCAUAUUAACCCUGAACCUUACUACAAAACCAUGGAUUGGAGAAGGGACUUGGAUGUUGCAUGUCUUUACAGAGCUCGGGGAUUCAAACAUAACCUUUGAACUCACCAAUAAAACUUUUGAAAGUGAGUACUUUUCAAAUAAUUCGUUUUGUUUCGGUAUGUCUGUCGCGUGUCGCGUGCUGCAGGGGUGGUCGAGGUGUGGGGCCCAGAAGGGGAUGCCCAGAGUUGGUGUGGCCAGUUGUUUCUCCGGUCAGGGGAAGAGCCGACGCGUCGCGCAUCUCUCGGCUGGAAUAGGUCAGGAGGUGAAAGACCUGGCCUGGGGGGCGUCGUAAAUAAGGGACGCUGGGAGAUCGAGGGGAGGGUGCACACUAAAUAGGGUCUUUUGUUGCUGACCCUUUCGUGACAUGGGGAUGGGGACCCUAGUAGCGUGGGAAGAGUGGGAGCUUUCUCUCCCCGAGGUCAGACCGUGUAUAUUUAUUGUAGGCCCCGGAUCGGACCAGCAGAGAAGAGUUUUGGAACGGGUAGACAGUGGGAUGCUCAGGACUCGAUGGUGCGUUCCCUAGUUUAGUGCAUGUGACGGGUCCUGCCUACUAGUAACGUCUCCCGUAUCUUCUGUGUGAUGUUCUUGUACUUGGUAUUCUGCUCAGAGCGUUCCCUAGCUUAGCGUUUGGGACGGGUCCAGACAACAGUCACAUUUCUCGGCGUUUUCUGCAUGCAGCAGAAUCAACGCGUCACGAGCCGUUAGGUGAGUAAUGAGAACAUUUCCUGUACCGUUUCGCAUAGUUAGCUGCACAUGUGCGAGGUGCUUGAGCGAUUGUGGUAGCGAGGCCAUUUCUGUAUGUGUGUUUAUGGGGCGGGUAAAGACUUAAGAGCUAAAUUUCUGUCAUAUGGGAUUUUGAUUUUUAUUAUGAUGUACUGUUAGCGGCUAAGAUUGUGUUAGGGAGUUUGCUUUGUAUACAUAGAGUUUUGCGUCUGUCGUACCAGACGACGCUGUUAGAGGAACUUUGUAAGAGAUACGUUUGGGUGGCCAGCUUAGUGAUUAUAGUUGCAUGGCCGAAGGGCUUUUUAUUUAUGUGCAUCGCUUUCUGCAGGCUCGGAUGCUAGCCGGGAUGACAUUAAAGUGUGAACAGUCAUCGAAGUGAGGACAUCAAAGUGCUGUCAAACCUGUGUUGAACUGCCAGCGACUGUUGGCCAAGCGCCGAAAUUUAAGUCGUCGCGAGGCGGAUUGUGUGGCCGCCAUGCUGCAGGACAAUAGACGAGGGCGUGACGCGGUCACUGAGCCGUGGUGGCGUCAGCCGUGCAGUGCCUCAUGCACUGGCCAAGGCCGAUAACCUUUGUUAUUAUAGUGAAGACACUGCGCCAAGCUGGAUCACGCGGGCACCAUUAGUUUAUUUGGGGGGAGUGUCUAAAUGUGUGUGUUCAAUAAUAUUUUCUUACCAGCGGAGGGGUUCUACCUCGUUUGUUUUACGUUGUAAUUUGAUUCAAUAUAUUUUUUUUUCAUUCUCUAGUGAGUUGGUGGGUCACACUUCACGACCACCAAUGAACUUAAGAUUUGUAUCUGUCCCUACGUGUACAUGUUUUUGUGUCCACAGAGGAGAGUGAUUGGCUUUGUUGCUCGCGUCGGGAGUGUGGAAGUCUGUCUGUGUGACUGUGAGCGUGCCUGUGAGAGAGCAAGUCCAGCAACGCCCGAUCACGUUACGCGACAAUCUCAACAUUUAAUAAUCUCUAUUUUCAUAGAAGCCUUUAGUUAAUAUGUUUGGUAAUCAUAAUAAUAAAUAUGUACAAUGGGAAUACCGUGCGUAACAUGUAUAACUCUCUAAGUGCAUGCUUCUGUAAAAAAAAUAAAGUCAUAUAUUUAUGUUGUACAGCUGAUAUUGGUAGAGAAAAUUUACAUUUGCAAUUAGUGGGGAUUAAACAACCCGAUAGUCAAAGUCCGCUUGAUAACAGUGUUGUAUGCGAUGUUUAAUGUUAUGCACUUAACAAACACUUUUGUAUUGUUUUAGUCAUACCGCCUCUAUAUAUUUUACUUUCAGUUUCCUUCCCAAUGGCAAGGUAUUUUUUUUUUACAGAGAUUCACAACAUUUGAGAAGAUCAAGGACGUAGAGGGAAUAAUAUGUCUCACCACUCUCUUUUCUGUUGAGAGAAGGGGGACAACUCCUGUCUCUCGGGCACCUAUAUUUCUCAUAACAUAAAUGACCUAUGAUAUAUUAAGAUUAGAAACAUCCUUUGGCCUUUAAUUAAAUAAUAAAUAAAUAAAAGCUUGGUGUUUUAUAGAUACUUCGCAGUCUUACUUGGUUGACCAUACCUAAUAUCUAAAAUUAAAGUGACCAUAAAAGCCCUUUUUUGUACCUGAGUGAGAUCUUUUCUUCACAGAUUGUCUGGGACUAGAUUUUCUACCUAGGCAAGUUGAACAAAACGAGAAAAGAUUAUUUUGACACUAGUUUUGUCAUCAAAAGCUAUAUUGCUUUCUACUUGAUAUCCCAGUAUGUUAUCUGAGGAUGUAUAGACCUUUUUGUACACCAUAAACUAGUUUUAAGCACAAUGGUGCUUCAGCUGAUUUCAUAACAAGUAGCGCACACUCGCACACAUGAUCAGAAAUAGUAAGAGUUAAAACUCACAUGCCAACACAUUCUUAGAAGUACAGAGGGUGUGUGAUGGUUUCCUGAAGAUUUACUGAUGACAAAAGGCUGCAAACUCCCUUUACCUGGAUCCGAUGAUCUUGGAACAGAUAUUAACAAGGGAGACAAGACUGUUUCAGUUCCCUUGGGAUUGGUUGUGGAACCAAGAGAUGAAAGAAAAAGUGAUGAAACUUUCAAUGAACAGCUGAUAGAGCUGAGUGAGGAUGACAGAGCUGAUAGAGAAAGAUCUGAGUUUUCGUAGGAGGUAUAGACAUUGUUGGCUCUUACGGAGGAUAAUGUCAGCGUUGAUGUCCCAUUUAAUCUUAUUAUCAAGAUAAAGUACAUAGGUAUUUGUAAGAGUCGACUACCUCGAUAACAUCAUCGUGGAUAAUACUUAUGACUGCCUCCAGCCUGUUUGUCUGAAACUCAGAAAGAUAGGGAACUGCUUUUUGUGUUUUAUCUCUGGAGAUAGGUGGUAGCUGCACACUUAGUUUUCUGUGUACUUGUUCUUGUAAGUUAACUUUGCAGAAAUCUGCAACCAGUCUGUAAGCAGCGAUGGCAUCCUGCUUUUAAGUUACAGUACUUUCUAUGACUUGUAUUUAAGUUGUGCACUAGAUUAUUAUUUAACUAUACCUCAAAGACGUACGACAAGAGAACCACAACAAACAAAUGGAAAUAAAAUUGCC